UCAUGAGCAAUUUAGUGAAUUCGCUUCCGGGAAUGGAAGCGCCGUCCCCUGUUGUGACCAGAUGUUAUUUAAAUAAGUUUUUUGGCAAAGCUGCAGUGUUUUAUACUCUUCGUGAAAGUCAAAUGUCAUGGAAGACACGUAAGUUACGUCCGACGUCCAAGCUCAAAUAAUAAAGGAGUGGGUGCGAUUGCACUGACGCACUGAGUUAGCUGGUGUUCCAAAGUUCCAAAGUCCCCCGUUUCUUUCAACACACAACGACAUCGUUCAACUCGACAAAAUGGCACGAUAUGAACUUGUUAAACGAUCAGUUGCUCUGAUCACUCUUACCAACCCACCAGUCAAUGCCUUGAGUUCUGCAGUGCGUCAUGCCAUGGCAAAGAGCAUGGAGCGUGCCCUGAAUGACCCGAAGGUCACGGCAGUGGUCAUCUGCGGAGAGAACGGAAGGUUUUGUGGAGGUGCAGACAUCCGUGAGUUUGCUGGCCCUUUAAGAGGACCUCCGUUGGUACCCUUGUUGGAUGCCAUAGAGGCUGGACAGAAACCUGUGGUUGCUGCCAUAGAGGGGGUGGCACUAGGUGGGGGCUUUGAAUUAGCCCUAGUCUGUCACUAUCGUAUUGCACACUUUAAGGCACGUCUUGGACUUCCAGAGGUGACUUUGGGCCUCCUGCCAGCUGCAGGGGGAACACAGCGUCUUCCCAGGCUCAUUGGCAUUCCUGCUGCCCUAGAGAUGAUCACCACUGGCCGCCAUCUCUCUGCCCAGGAGGCUCUGAAGCUGGGCAUCCUUGACCAGGUCACAGAACAGAAUGCUUGUGAGGUGGCUGUGGAGUUUGCCCUGAGAGCUGUAGGCAAACCGCUGUCUUCCCGAAGAGUGAGCAUGCUGACCACACCCUGUACUCCUGAUCUGGAUGCCCUCUUAGAAGCGGUCACCAUGCAGGUUAAAAAGAAAGCUCGGGGAGUGAUGGCACCUUUGGCUUGUAUUCAGGCGGUGCGGGCAGCCGCUACAAUGCCUUACAGCAAGGGAAUAAAGCGGGAGAGCGAACUGAUGGCCACUCUUUUCAACUCUGGGCAGGCCCAGGCUCUUCAGUACUGUUUCUUUGCUCAGAGGACUGCUGGGAAAUGGACUCUACCCAAUGGAGCGCAAUGGAACAACAGCAAACCCAGAGAGAUCCGGAGUGCAGCAAUCAUAGGUCUGGGCACUAUGGGAAGAGGCAUUGUUGUGUCUCUGGCACGUGUGGGAAUUUCUGUCAUUGCUGUAGAGUCAGAAAAGAAACUCUUGGAGACUGGAAAGCAGAUGGUGAUUGGCAUGCUGGAGAGAGAUGCCAAAAGACGGGGAGUGAGUGCCUCUCUCAAUCUCCUCAAAUUCACCCUCAGCUUACAGGACCUGAAGGAUGUGGACCUUGUUAUCGAAGCCGUCUUUGAAGACAUGGCACUUAAGAAGCGUGUUUUCCAAGAAUUGUCCAAGGUUUGUAGACCAGCCACUGUACUCUGCACCAACACGUCUGGUCUGGAUGUGGAUGCGCUGGCUGGUGUGACGGACAGACCACACCUGGUGGUUGGGAUGCACUUCUUCUCACCUGCACAUGUCAUGAAGCUCCUAGAAGUUGUCUGCGGGCCUCGUUCCUCAAGUGAAACCAUCGCUACAGCAAUGAGCCUUGGAAAAAGGAUGGGAAAAGUAAGUGUCGCUGUUGGAAACUGCCCUGGUUUUGUUGGAAACCGCAUGCUAAAGCCUUACCUGGAUCAAGCCACCUUCCUGCUGGAGGAGGGAGCCACACCUGAACAAUUCGACAAGGCUCUGGAGGACUUUGGUUUUGCGAUGGGAGUCUUUAGGAUGUCUGACCUCGCAGGCCUUGAUGUGGGUUGGAGAAUCCGGAAGGAAUCUGGGUUGACUGGUCCUGACGUUGACCCAAAAAAUCCCCCACGCAGGCGCCAAGGGCGUAGGUACUGUCCAGUUCCAGACAUGAUCUGUGAACAAGGCAGGUUUGGUCAGAAGACAGGUCGUGGUUGGUACAUGUACGACAAACCUGGAGGAACAAAUGCAAAGCCUGACCCACUUAUCCAGAACCUCCUCGAGAUGUACAGGAGCAGGUACAGCAUUCAACCGCGCAAUAUCUCAGACCAGGAAAUAAUUGAGAGAUGCCUUUUUGCCUUGGCCAACGAGGGCUUCCGUAUCCUGGAAGAUGGCAUAGCUGCCCGACCCGAGGAUAUUGAUGUCAUCUAUCUGUUUGGUUAUGGCUUUCCAAGGCAUCGAGGUGGGCCCAUGUUCUACGCCAGCAUGGUGGGCCUGGAAAGAGUGCUGCAGAGGUUGGAGCAUUACCACCAAGCCAAUCCUGAUGUGCCUCAUUUGGAGCCCAGUCCACUUUUGAAAAAACUUGUGGCUUGUGGCAGUCCUCCUGUUCAAAAAUGGAGAGAGCAUAUCAAAACAAUGCACAGCCAUCUCUGAAAGCGCAACAUGCCAAAUUGUCAUUUUGAAACACUACUAAAAGCUGUUAUUAAUAAAGAAUUUACUUUCUCAACUCUUAA